CUGCUGUGAGAAGCAGAUCUCUGCCAUGCCAGCGGACAGAGGGUAGGAGGGAAGGUGGGAAGGAGCCUGCUGGGCUCAAUCGCCCAGAGCCCUCCCAUUCCGGGAGCUGAAGCAGGAAGAGGGUGGGGCCUUUAUUCACAUGGCCCAGGAGUUCACUCGCACUUCUGGGGUCUCCCAAAACCAGUGCCUGUACACAGGAAAUGCAACCCCAGACCGAGGGGCCGAGAACUGGAAUGGAUUCAGCCUGCAUGGGAUGCUGCCAUCGCAAACCCUAUUCACCGAUCAGAAACCCGAUAAAGAUGUUAUAUCAAAGAACAUUCUACUUCCACUUUAAGAAUCUCCACUAUGCCAAUGGUCGAAAUAAUACCUUCUUGUGCUACGAAGUGAACAGAGUACAAUGUGAUGAGCUUGUCCCCCUUUGCCAAGGGGUCUUUAGAAAAGAGAGCAGUCACCUCCAUGCUGAAGUGUGCUUCCUCUCCUGGUUCCACACCCAAGUACUGGAAGUGUUGCCCCCUGGUGAAAGGUACAGCAUCACCUGGUAUGUGUCCUGGAGCCCCUGCAAUAAGUGUGCAGAGAAAGUGGCCUGGUUCCUGGACACACAUAGCAACCUGAGCCUGGCCAUCUUCAGCUCCCGCCUCUACUAUUUUUGGAAGCCAGACUACCAGGACAAGCUUCGCAGGUUGAAUCAGGCAGGAGCCCACAUGGCUGCCAUGGACUUCCCAGAAUUUAAAAAGUGUUGGGACAAAUUUGUGGACAAUGAUGGCAAGUCAUUCAGGCCUUGGAAGAGACUUAAAAUAAAUUUUAGGUCCCAGGAUUCCAGGCUUCGGAAGAUUCUCAGAAGCCCAGUGAGUCUGCUGAGAGAAGACAUAUUCUAUUUGCAGUAUAACAAUAGACACCGGGUUGAGCCAGUCCAGCAUCGCUAUUACCAAAGGAAGACCUAUCUAUGCUACCAGCUGGAGCAGCACAAUGACCAACAGCCACUCAAAGGCUGCCUGCAAAACAAGAAAGGUAAACACGCAGAAAUCCUCUUCAUUGAUGAGAUGCGUUCCUUGGAACUCGGCCAAAUGCGAAUCACGUGCUACCUCACAUGGAGCCCCUGCCCGAACUGUGCCCAGGAACUGGCUGCAUUCAAAAUGGAUCACCCAGACCUGGUUCUACACAUCUACACCUCCCGUCUGUACUUCCACUGGAGGAGGCAGUACCAGGAGGGCCUGUGUUCUCUCUGGCGAUCGGGGAUCCAGGUGGACAUCAUGGACCUCCCGCAAUUUACUGACUGCUGGAUAAACUUUGUGAACUCCCAAAGUCCGUUCUGGCCGUGGAAUAAUCUGGAGAAAAACAGCUGGUGCAUACAAAGACGGCUCCAGAGGAUCAAGUCCCGGGGUCUGCAAGAUUUGACGAAUGACCUUGGAAAUUUACAACUUGGACCCCCAUUGUCCUGAAUGGCAAAAAGAGAUUCAAUAGUCUCGAGCGUAUCUUCCAGCUUCCACCCCAACGCCAAGUCUAGAAGACCUUGCUCUUCUAUUUCUAUUGCCGUUUUUUGUUUGUUUGUUUUGUUGUUUGUUUGUUUCUUGGGACAGGGUCUCACUGUGUAGCUUGCUUCUAGACUAGUCUGGCCUGAAACUCAUAGAGAUCCACCUGUCUCUGCCUUCUGAGUGCUGGCAUUAAAUCAUGCCCCACCAUUCCAGAACUUGCCUUCCUUUUAUUCUCAUUUUUCUUUCUUUUUUUUUUUUUUUUUUUUUUCAUCGAUAGGUGCUUAAUUUUGUAAUUGAAAAUUUUAAGUUGGGCUGGGCAUGGUGGCUUAGACCUCUCUGAGAGUUAGAGGCCAGCCUGAUCUACAUAUCAAGCUCCAGGACUACACAAAGAAACCCAGUCUCGAUAAAAAUAAAUAAAUAAAAAGGAAGAAGAAAACAAUUAAGUUGGGCAUGAUGGGUCAUGUCUGUAAUUCAACACUUGAGAGGUUGAGGCAGGGGAAUUGCCGCAAGUUUGAGACCAGCCUGGUCUACAGAGUGAGUUCCAAAACAGGCUCCAAAGCUACAGAGAAACCUUGUCUCAAAAAACCAAAAAGAAAAAAAAGAGCAUCACCUGUUCAUAUUCACUAUGUUCUCUUUUAAAAGGGCCAUGCCCUCCCUCUCUUCCUUUCUCUCCCUCCCCUCUCUCUGCCCCUCUUUCCUCUCUCCCACUGCUCCUGUCCCUGGAGGCCAGUCUCCCCCAUCCCCUCCCCUUUUUUAUGAUUCCUUUCCCUAAUAAAAAACCCCUCU